UGCUGCUCCACACCAGGAACACACACACACGCGACCAACAGAAUCCGACCACGAAUUUCGAUUUGGCACCAUCAACGCUCGGCGCCAAAUCUCUGCGUCCAACGAGUGUGUUAUCUGGAUACCAUGGUAAUUGCUAGUGGUGGACUGGUGCGUAUAUGAGACUUUCAAGUUCGAGUGCUUCUUUUCAAUUCACGUACUCGGUUAAUCGCUGAUCUAUAAUAUGAAGUUCAAGUUCUUGUGUUUGUGUCUUUUAAACUUUGCCAUCGCGGUGGACGUGGAAAACGCUGGCACCAAUGACAGAGAAUCCCGUAAACUAUUCGGAGGCUACAGGAUAACACCACGUUUUUGCAAACCCACCAGGAAACCCACCGUUCAGUUGGAUGGUCCCAGCAUCUGUAUGUUUAACCAUGAAUGCUCGCAGCGUGAUGGUCAAGUGGUUGGAGCUUGUAUGGAUGGCUUCCUGUUUGGAGCUUGUUGUCAAUUGCCAUCGGGAGCAACGGGAGAAUUGGUGGAUAGUGAUAUGAUUGUGUCGAAUAUUGAUAACAAAUUAUCCACAACCGAAGCUCCCAUGAAAACUUCCCCCAUGGACAUUACUUCCAACGGGCUUUCACAAAUAGCUGAGACUUUGUUGGGUCCUGCAAUUUUACCUACUGCUGGUGAUAAUGCAGUGGUGCAGGUAUCUGGUGAUUCCUCCUUCUUUUCCACAACAGGAAUUACCCAUCCACAUGCACCUGAUACCAUGUUGGUAAAUCAACAAGACAAUGAGAUACAACCAAUUAUGUUCAGACCCACAACACAGUUGCCUAUAGAUAAGAAAACUACCGAGAGAAUGGAUGAAAUAAACAGCUUUACUAACAGACCCACAAACUUUGAAGUGUCCAUAUCGAAUGGACCACUUGUGUACAGUACGCCAAAACCUGUGUUCACUUACAAACCAAACAAACCUAUGUUUGUGCAUAAACCGAACAAACCGGAUGACAAGUAUGUUUUAGUACCGACGAUAACACACGACUCUAAAAAGCCCAACGGCACUGAAUUCGAUUCAGUAGUUAACAUUAUGGAAUUGUUGAACAAGACCACACUGAUGCCGCAAUAUGGUAUGGCAAGUAGCACCAAAAAACCACCAUCCACCUCGUAUGUGUUUAGUUCGACACCCAGUCGUAGACCUGGUUAUACACCUAGCACCCAAAAACCACCGUCUACUAGUUAUGUUUUUAGCACAACAAUACCUCCACGUAGACCAGAUACAACCACUACAGCACGCACAAGGCCAACUACCAGAAAAACCAACAAACCCAACAAGAACAAGAGACCUAAUCAAAGCACUAAAAAGCCUUAUGUCCCGAGCUCCACACUGAAACCAAUGUAUCAUUCCACUUAUGCGAAUUCUCCUACCGCAUUCUACACAACCAAAAAGCCCCCAUCUACGUCGUAUGUCUACAGUGCAACCCCCACGAAGCGUCCUCCUUCAGUAGUGGAUACCCACGUGGCAGGCCCUGGAUUUACUGUAACCGCAACCCCCGCUUCUUCAUCUACCUCUGGUCAGUUCUCCAGUUAUCCUAGUCCAGCCCCAACAGUCAUCGUUCUGAGCCCGUUGCCUCCAUCCGACGACGAGUACAAUGAGGAUAUAGUUACAUCUAAACCAAUACAAAAAGUACCUGUUAAUUAUCAACCCUCUACUUAUCAACCAUCUACGUAUCAACCCUCUACUUACCAACCUUCAACUUACCCUUCAUCAAGACCCACUUCUAUGCCCCACAGGAAACCAGUAAACUCGGUCAUUGUUAACAAUCAUGUAACACAAAAUAUUUAUGCCACAAGCGAACGGCCCCAGCCCACAAUUUUAAUCACCCCUAAGCCCAAUUCGUCAACCAACAAGCCCACAACUGAUUUCACAGCACCGAUAGAGGUAGAAACGUCGGCUGAUGAUUUGAUAAAUUUCCCUCCCGUAAGAAACCCUAAUUUAAACAUGUCCAAUCCCUCAAUAGGUGAUGAGGACAUAACAACACCAGCCUUCAUCGAAGACGAGGAGUUAAAUAAUAAAAUGGAAUCAUUCGUUAAUAAGAUCAUUCAGGGACUGCAGGAGCCCUUCGAGGGUUUGAAAGAUGUGGUGUACAAUAAGAAUAAGACGGCCGUCGUAUCCUCUUCCAACACUACAAAGAAACCGUUGAAGAAACAAGGAACAACUACCAAGAAACCAACAAAAGUUGCCAGUUCUACGACUAAAAGGCCAACUAGGAAACCUGUAAGUGUCACUACCAAAAAACCACAAACCACGACGAAAAAACCGCAAAGAACGACAAAAAAGCCAGUAACAACAACACAGUCUUUUAUUGAAGAGGAAGUAGUAAGUCCCAGCGAGGAUGAGGAAGAGUAUAGACAUCAAUGUGGUAUUCGUCCUCUGAUGAAAACAGGAAGGAUAGUAGGAGGAAAAGGAGCGACCUUCGGCGAAUUCCCUUGGCAAGUCCUGGUACGAGAGUCGACAUGGUUGGGCUUGUUCACGAAAAACAAAUGCGGGGGAGUCCUUAUAAGCAACAAGUACGUAAUGACUGCUGCCCAUUGUCAGCCAGGUUUCCUUGCUUCCCUCGUGGCUGUCUUUGGUGAGUUCGACAUCUCUGGCGAAUUGGAGAGCAGGAGGUCGAUUAGCAGGAAUGUGAAACGUGUCAUUGUGCAUAGGCAGUACGAUGCAGCUACCUUUGAAAAUGAUUUGGCUCUUUUGGAGCUAGAACAUCCAGUCAAAUUCGACAGCCACAUAGUUCCAAUUUGUUUGCCGCGUGACAACGAGGACUUCACCGGCAGAAUGGCGACAGUCACCGGCUGGGGACGUUUAAAAUACGGCGGCGGUGUACCGUCGGUGUUGCAGGAGGUUCAGGUGCCCAUCAUGGAGAACAACGUGUGUCAGGAGAUGUUUAGGACUGCGGGCCACUCGAAAGUCAUCCUGGAAUCGUUCCUGUGCGCCGGAUACGCUAACGGACAAAAAGAUUCGUGCGAGGGGGAUUCGGGUGGACCACUGGUGCUGCAGAGGCCUGAUGGUCGGUACCAACUCGCCGGCACAGUGUCCCACGGUAUCAAAUGUGCAGCACCGUACCUACCAGGAGUUUACAUGAGAACAACGUAUUACAAACCCUGGAUCACAUCGAUCACAGGAAUCUAUUAGAUAAUUUCUCCAGCUUAGAUUGCAUUUAUAAAGCGUUGUAAAUAAUUUAUAAACAUUUAUAAAACACGCUGUUUAAUUAUUUAUAAACAGAGAAUUGUUCGGUGCACGUUCGGUGCCAUAAUGUGAUCUAAGCUUUAUGUGCGGCUUAUAAAAAAAUUAGGAAACAAAGUGACCACAUUUUUUUAUUAUCAUUGUAUAUAGACGUUGGUUGAUUUUGUUUUUAUGAAUUUAUACAUUCGGAAUAACUAAAAAAAUGCGACGAGCUCAUGUGAUCAAC